AAAUAAUUAAUGACAACUAACUGCACUCUAUUUUAGCUAUUUCUGUAAAACAAAAAAGAAGUAUAAGCUAUAAAGUAAUAAUUAGUAGUUUUAUUACCCUUCAGAGGUUUAUAAAGAAAUGGUUAUUCAUCAAAAGAUUACCAAUGAGAAUAAUUCUAAGGGAAAAAUGUAAAUGAAAAACCACUGUUUUUUUUAUUUAAAUCAUAGGUUUAAAUGUACAGAGCGCUGGAAACAUUCAAAAUAAUAAAAAUUGUUCCCUCAAAUUAGUAAUUAGUGGGCACGAAUUAGUAUUUUGUGUGUACAAAUUAGUCUUUUGUAGUCACAAAUUGGUAGUAGGAAUUGAUACUAAAAUAAUUUUUGCAAAUAAAAUAAAGUACUUGGUGGCCACAAAUGAUUAAUUUGAGGGAACAAUUUUUUAAAAUUUAUUUUCACGUUCAGGGGUCCGUAUAAACGUGUUAUCGUUAAAUCGAGCAAGUCGGUGUGUGUUUGUGGAAGUGUGCGUUGCUGUUUUAUUGACUUAAAAUCAGGUUUGAAAGCUCGUGCCUCAUUGGGCUGUUCUGAGCAUGCGCAAUAGCGCAGGCCGUCGUCUCCCAGGGUUACCAUCAACAACGCCUUUAUCCACCAUUGCCCUAUCGUUCGUAGGUUUUAGACAUACACCGUUCAUUCUUGGUUGCAUUGUGUUUGUGUGUAUAAAAGCUUUGCCAUUGCGUUUCACUGAGGAAACCAUUAAACAAACUAAAACAUCGGUUAAUGAUCCAGUGGUUAAUUAGCCUCGAACACAUGCUAGCAUGUUCUACAACUCCACAAUCGUAACUCAAUUAUCUAGGUUUUUAUAAUGACACAUCAAGAGGUUAGAACACUAGCUUACCCCAAAAGUCCAAAAGCAUCUAAAAGAACAACAUUUCAGGAUGAACUUCAGGCUGCGGUGUCUUCUAGAGCCAGCAGAGCUAAAUUGGAGCAUUAUGAUUAUUAUGAUAAUGAUGAAGAUGAUUUUUUAAAUGAACUCAUCAACUCCAGAAAAAAGAGGAAUGCUUUCAAGGCCAGGAAGAAUAAAGGCAAAAUGAAUAACUUUGAGCUAUCGGAUGACGAAAGCAGUCAAACCACAAGAAAAAAGGUCUCCUUCUUGAAAACCCAAACAACCAGCUCCUCAUCGAACCACACAGAAACCCCAGAGUUGUUAAAAAAUGAGCAGCCGGUUGACAAUAGUGGCUCUUUUUCCUCGGAGCAGUCGACCCAUCUUGGGGAAGAAACCAUGUCAUCUAAAAACAGUGCCUUGGAGUCCACAGAACCGGAGAUCGCUAGAGAAGAUUCCAGUCUGUCAUAUCAAACAUCAGAGGAUAAUCUACCUUUGCCAUUGCCAUCUGACAACAGUGUGGUUGAAACUCCAGAUGUAGUGGAAGAAAAUUCUGAGAGUCCAUCCAGACCAACAUCCAACCAAAACCAUGAUAUCCCAGCUGACAAUAUUAAAUAUAAUGAACCACCCAAGCCCAAACCGCGCCAAAGGACCUUUAGACUGAGAUCUCAUGUUACAGAGAAGUCAUCAGAAGAAACUGGAUCUCAAGAUCCUUGUGGAGCCCAGACGUCUUCUGCAUCAAUCCCACUCUCAGCUGAUACCUCCAGCCUGAUGACUUGGACAGAAGGAGACCAAGCAGUUUCAAGUCUCAGUAAAUCCUCUUCCAAAGAGAGUCAACAGUUUGUCACAAAGACCACAUGUGGUUCUGAUUCUAGAGAUGGACUCAUUUCUGAUGACAACAAAGAGCCAGAGAGAAAUUACUCUUCAUCAUUUCAAGAAUUUAGUGAAUCCUCGAGGGAUCACACAGAUCUGCCUUCUCAGUCCCCUGAAAAAUCAUUUGAUACGAGGACAUCGAGCUCCAAAACCCCUGAGAGGCCUCGGAGUGAGUGCACCAAAGUGGAAUCCAAGUAUUUGGGAGCACUCAAAGUUCUUGACCGCAAAGUUUCCCUGCAGGAAUCUCAACCGCAGGCAGCUGAAUCCCUCAGAGCAGCUGUUUAUCAGGAAUGGCUCAAAAAGAAAAAAGAAAAGUCAAGAGAGAACAUGCAGCUGAAGAAGAAAGAGGAACUUCAGAAGGAAAAAGAGAAAGAAGACCAAGAGGCUAAAAAAGAAGAAGCGAGUGCAUCAUAUAAAGCAUGGAAAGAAAAGAAGGUCGAAAUUCUCCGAGCAAUGGCCAAAGAGAGGAAAGACAGGAUUAGAAAAGAACAAAGAACAACUCAAGAGAAACAGGAAAAAAGGCAGUCUGCCAUUGAGAUGUUUGAGAAAUGGAAGCGUCAGCAUGAUCAUCUUCUCCAAGACCAAUACAGAAAACAGAAAGAGGCCGAAAACAAACUGAAGGAAGGAAAACAACUGAAAGAGGAGGAAAGAAAGAAAAACACCCAAUCUGCAUUUUCUGACUGGUGUGAAAAGAAAAAAGAUGUCCUCCAUGAAAAGCUAAAAACGGAACGCAAAGCGGUUGAAAAUAAGAAAGAAGAGGAGCAAUAUCUGAAAGAGGAAAGGGAGAAGACAGCUUUGCAGAUGUAUGAGAACUGGCUGAGAAGAAAAGAUCUGGAACAAAAGAGACAAAGAGAAGAAAGACGAAUACAAGCAAUACUGUUGGACAGUCCACCUCCACCGUGGAGCCCACCAAACAAAACCAUACCCUUUAGAAAAUAAUCCUUCAACUACAGCUUAUCCAGAGAAGGGUUUUAAAGUAUUCCGUGACUGAAAAAAGGGACAGUUAUUUUUUCAAAUAUCUACAUAUAUAUAUUUGAUUUAUUUUGCAGCAACCAAUUCAUUUUUUAAUGUUUUUAUAUACCAAAAAGCUGACCAACAUUUUUUGGAAAUUGUUUUCUUCAAUUUGGUACAAAUUAAAUAUGUUUUUAGAAAUUUGUUUUCUGGAAAGUGAUACAUUUAGUUGUUACUAAAACAAACGCACAUUAAGGAGCAUUUCAGAAGGAUAUCUGUCAUAUAUGAAAAUCUGCAAUAACUGUUAUCUUUAAAUGCUAACACUGACCUGUUUUUUUUUAAACCUGUCUUUAGUUUUUAUCUUUGACAUAAAGACAAAAAAUACCUCACAAACCUCUCCAAAUCCAAUUAUUAUCAUCAUUAUUAUCAAUCAUCCAUAUCAUUUCAAAUAGCAAAAGUGUUUUCCUCUUAAAAUCAGCUAUAAAAUAUGUUGAUAGAUUUGCUUUUGUUGUUUUACUUCUGUGAGUUUAUCUAAUAAACUGCUUUUUCUAGU